AUGGCCAUGAGAAACAAAAUCCCACCAGAGAAGCCUCACUUCUUCAAGCCUAUCCUUCCAGGCUUCGAAGAUGGUGUCAAAAUUCCAGAUUCUUUCUUGAAGUAUUUAGAUGGAAAGAUACCUCAAAACCAGGCAGUAUUACGAAGGGGUGAUGAGGAAUGGAGGGUUAAAAUUAGUGACCAGUUUCUGAGAGAAGGCUGGAGAGCAUUUGCUGUGGAAAACGAGUUGCAUGUGGGAGAUUUUGUAGUGUUCGAACAUGAAGAAAAUAUGGUGUUCGAGGUUUUGGUUUUUGAUCCUAGUCAUUGUGAGAGGCAAUUUCCAUCUAUUGAUGAUGAUGGAAAAGGAGGUUCCGAGAAAUCUAAAGCUGCAGAAGCUGAAGAGAUUCCAAGAAGCAAGAAAGUUAAGUUGGAACAGUCUGAUGAUCAAGAGGAAUCUGAUUCUACUGAUCAGAUUUGCUGUCCGUAUUUUAUCUCUACCGUCAAGCCAAGUACCCUUCUCUAUCAUCGAUUGCACAUUCCUAUGGAUUUUGUGAGGGCGAAUGGUCUCCGCAAAUGCAACAUGAUGCUUAGAGAUCAGAGGGAAAUUCUAUGGACUGUAAAGCUAAAUUUGGAGCCUCGUCGUGCAGUGAUUAAAUGUGGAUGCAAAAGUUUCCUCAAAGCUCAAGAGAUGAAGGAGGGAGAUGAAUUCAUGUUAGAGCUGAUCAGGAAUGGAGAGACGCCAGUCUUCAAUUUUUAUGCCAAAGAGGGGUUGUCAACUCGAAAAUCAGGACACAAGCUGUCUUCAUAUGAUAAAGAACCUGGUAGUCCUCAGUUUAUAUCAACAAUUGAGCCUCACUGCAUCAAGCGUCGUAUCUUGUAUUUUCCAAUGGAGUUUGCAAGAUCAAAUAACUUAAGCGACAGAAGCUGCGACUUGAUCCUCAGAGAUCCGAAGAAGAGGGUAUGGCAUGUAGAACUCAAGGCAAGAGGCAGGCGAGUUUACAUCUUUUGUCAUGGAUUGGACGAGUUCUUUACUGCAAAUGGCCUCAAAGAAGGAGACGCUUGCAAGUUUGAGCUUGUGGAAAAUGGAAAAACACCUAUUAUUAACUUCCUUGCAGACUUGACAAAAGAUGAUCAGCCUCAGCCUCAGCCUCAGCCACCUUCAUUCAUGAAGACGAAUAGCAAAAACAAAGCCAAGAGACUUGAGGCUUCUUCUGAGCCCGAAAAUGACGAUCAUACUUCUUUUGUCUCCACCAUUAAGCCUUACAACCUCAAAAAAUACGUACUGCGUCUACCAAUGAAGUUUGCAAGGCGGAAUGGUUUAACUGAGAUGAAGGGAGAUAUGAUCAUCAAAGAUGAGAAACAAAGGCUGUGGAAAGUAAAAUUCGAGCAUAGGGCAAAUGGAGUUGCGAUCUCACGCGGAUGGGGUUAUUUCUCCAAAGCAAAUGGCCUUAAAGUAGGAGACAGGUUCAAGUUUGAGAUCAUCAAGAAAGGAAAGAGACCUGUUAUGAAUUUCCAUUGUAACUUUCCUGAAAUAUGA